UCUUACUCUUCUCUCACUAUUCUUCUUCCAUAAUGCACCAUGUAGCUGAGUUUUUCCUUCAACCCUUUUUCACACGUGGGGUGUCUGCUUCACUACACCUAGUGUUGUUACUGGUGUUUCUUGUGUUUUGGAUAUGGAAGAAAGUCCGAGUGGAUCAUAGAGGAAAGAAUGAAAGAAAUGAAUUCCAUAGUACUGGUUUCUUGUACUAUAAACACAGUUUGGUUUCUGGCGUAGUUAUUUGUGUACUCAACCUUGUUUUGUGCAUAGUAACCUACUUUUAUUUGUAUAAUAAACAUCAUGGUUUACAGGAGUUUGUCACAGUUUCUGGUUUGGCUCUCAGAACAGUUGUUUGGGGUGUUGUUUGUGCUUAUUUGCAUUCUAAAAGGUUCAAAGCACAUGAACCGAGUUUCCCAUGUUUGUUGAAAAUUUGGAGCUGGGUUUUUGCCUUUGUUUCUUGUUGUUGCCUUGUUAUAGACUUUGUUGUCUAUGGGAACCAUAUUUUCUUGCCAAUUAUAUUCCUUGUUUCUGACACUGGUUCCAUUUUUAUGGGUUUUUUUCUAUGUUAUGUGGCAUUUUCUGUUAACAAUGUGACUAAACUUGCCCCACUUGAAGAGACCCUUUUGAAUGGUGACUCCAGUGUAAGCAACAAUUGUGCUCCCAAUAAGACUAGUGGAAAUGAAAAUUUAACCCUUUAUUCAAAUGCUGGAUUUUUCAGCAUGCUCACUUUCUCUUGGGUUAGUCCAUUAAUAACUCUAGGCAAUGAGAAGACUUUAGACCAUGAGGACCUUCCACUGCUAGCUACUGAUGAUAGUGCUUAUGGGACUUUCCCAACUUUUAGAAACAAACUUGAGUCAGAGUGUGGUAGUGUUAGGAGAGUGACCACUUUUAAGCUGGUGAAGGUGUUAUUCUUGUCAACAUGGCAAGGGGUUCUCUUAUCAGGUUUAUUUGCAUUCUUAUACACAUUUGCUUCUUAUGUUGGACCCUAUCUUAUUGACAUCCUUGUUCAAUACAUCAAUGGGGAAGAAAAAUUUAAAAAUGAAGGAUAUGUUUUGACUGUAGCAUUUGUCGCUGCAAAGAUUGUGGAGUGUCUUUCACAGAGGCAUUGGAUGUUUAGGUUCCAACAGGUUGGAGUUAGGAUGCAAUCAAUGUUGGUGGCAAUGAUCUAUGCUAAAGGUUUGACUCUUUCAUGUCAAUGGAAGGAGGGUCGCAGUAGUGGUGAAAUCAUCAACCUAUUGACUGUUGAUGCUGCAAGGAUUGGUGAAUUUUGUUGGUACAUGCAUGAUCCAUGGAUGUGUGUUCUGCAAGUUUCUUUGGCCUUGUUAAUUCUAUAUAGGAGUGUAGGGGUUGCUUCAAUAGCUGCUCUUGCUGCCACUGUAAUUGUGAUGUUAUUAAACCUUCCUGUGUCAUCAUUGCAAGAAAAGUUCCAAAGUAAGGUAAUGGAGUUCAAAGAUAAAAGAAUGAAGGCAACAUCUGAGAUUCUAAAGAGCAUGAGGAUUCUAAAAUUGCAGGCAUGGGAGAUGAAGUUCUUAUCAAAGAUUAUUGAGCUUAGGAAGACUGAGGAGACAUGGCUAAAAAAAUUUCUAGUUGGCACAGCAGUUAUUAGAUUUCUCUUCCAUAAUGCGCCAACUUUUAUUGCUGUGGUUACUUUCGGUACUUGUGUUCUUGUUGGAAUCCCACUUGAAUCAGGCAAGGUCUUAUCAGCACUUGCAACAUUCAGAAUUCUUCAAAUGCCCAUCUAUAGUCUUCCUGACACAAUUUCAAUGAUUACACAAACUAAGGUUUCCCUUGAUAGGAUAGUAUCAUUUCUUCGUCUAGAUGACUUGCAGACUGAUGUAGUAGAGAAACUUCCACCAGGUAGUUCUGAUAUAGCAAUUGAAGUAGUAGAUGGAAAUUUCUCUUGGGAUAUAUCUUCUCCUAAUACAACAUUGAAAAAUAUAAAUCUCACAGUUUUUCAUGGUAUGAGGGUUGCUGUUUGUGGUACUGUUGGAUCAGGCAAGUCUAGUUUACUUUCUUGUAUAAUAGGUGAAGUACCAAAGAUAUCUGGGACACUGAAGGUGUGUGGAACAAAGGCUUAUGUUGCUCAAUCGCCAUGGAUACAGAGUGGAAAGAUAGAAGACAACAUAUUAUUUGGUAAAGAGAUGGACAGGGAAAAGUAUGAGAAGGUGCUAGAAGCAUGUUCCUUGACAAAAGACCUUGAGAUUCUACCGUUUGGUGAUCAGACAAUUAUUGGAGAGAAGGGAAUCAAUUUGAGUGGUGGACAGAAGCAAAGAGUACAAAUAGCCCGUGCUCUAUACCAAGAUGCUGACAUAUAUCUGUUUGAUGAUCCCUUCAGUGCUGUGGAUGCUCAUACAGGAUCACAUCUUUUUAAGGAAUGCUUGCUAGGCCUUUUAAAAUCAAAAACUGUGAUAUACAUCACUCAUCAAGUAGAGUUCUUACCUGAUGCUGAUCUAAUAUUGGUCAUGAGAGAAGGAAGGAUUACUCAAUCAGGAAAAUACAAUGACAUUCUCAGGGCAGGGACUGAUUUUAUGGAACUUGUAGGUGCACAUAGAGAAGCUUUGUCUUCAAUUAAGUCCUUAGAAAGAAAACCAACAUUUAAAACAUCAAGUAUCUCCAAGGAUGACACAAAUUUGCUAAGUGAUUUUGAACUUGAGAACAAUGUGGAAAACAUAGAUGAUCAAGGUGACAAGUCAGAUGAUGCAGUUGAGCCCAAAGGCCAACUUGUUAAAGAAGAAGAACGCGAAACAGGUCGAGUUGGGUUUAGAGUCUACUGGAAAUACAUAACAUCAGCUUAUGGGGGAGCUCUUUUACCCUUCAUAUUACUUUCACAGACACUCACUGUGUUUUUUCAGAUAGCAAGCAAUUAUUGGAUGACUUUGGCAACUCCUGUUUCAGAAACAGCAGAACCUGAUAUUGACAGUGUUACACUUAUGGUUGUCUAUGUUGCUUUGGCAAGUGGAAGUUCCAUUUUCACCCUCUUCAGAGCAUUUCUUGCUGUAUUAGCUGGAUACAAGACAGCCACUACACUCUUCAAUAAAAUGCAUUUCUGCUUUAUUCGAGCACCAAUAUCUUUUUUUGAUGCCACCCCAAGUGGGCGAAUCCUUAACAGAGCUUCAACAGAUCAAAGCACACUAGAUAUGAGCAUUGGAAAUCUAUUUUGGGGAGUUACCUUCAAUGUAGUUCAACUCUUUGGAAAUAUUGUGGUGAUGUCUCAAGCCACAUGGCAGGUGUUAAUAGUAUUGAUUCCUGUCAUGGCAGCAUGUAUAUGGUACCAGCGAUAUUAUUCUGCAUCAGCAAGGGAAUUGGCACGAUUAGUUGGUACAUGCCAAGCUCCAGUUAUACAACAUUUUUCUGAAACAAUUUCUGGAGCAACAACCAUAAGAAGUUUUGAGCAAGAAUCAAGGUUUAAUGACAUAAAUAUGAAAUUGAUAGACAGAUAUUCCCAACCCAAAUUGUACAGUAGUACUGCAAUAGAGUGGCUGUGUUUCAGAUUGGAUUUUUUGUCCACUUUAACAUUUGCCUGCUGUUUGGUUUUCUUGAUUUCUUUUCCAAAUUCAAUUACUACUCCUGGCAUUGCGGGGUUGGCUGUGACAUAUGGACUAAAUCUAAACUCAAUACAAUUUAAAAUAAUCUGGUUUCUUUGCAAUGUGGAGAACAAAAUUAUAUCUGUUGAAAGAAUACUCCAAUACACCUCCAUCCCAAGUGAAGCUUCUCUUGUAAUAAAAGACCAUCAACCAGAUCAUUCAUGGCCAUCAUUUGGAGAGGUUCAUAUUCAGGAUUUACAGGUUCGAUAUGCUCCUCACUUGCCUCUUGUUUUACGCGGUCUUACUUGCACUUUUACUGCUGGAGCAAAAACUGGUAUUGUGGGAAGAACAGGAAGUGGAAAAUCAACUCUAGUUCAAACACUAUUCCGGCUCAUUGAACCUGUUGCUGGACAAUUAUUGAUAGAUAGCAUCAACAUCUCUUUGAUUGGAAUUCAUGAUUUGCGGUCUAGACUAAGCAUUAUUCCUCAGGAUCCAACAAUGUUUGAAGGGACUGUAAGAAGCAACCUGGACCCACUGGAAGAGUACACAGAUGAACAGAUUUGGGAGGCCUUAGAUAUGUGCCAACUUGGAGAGGAAGUAAGGAAAAAAGAAGGGAAGCUUGAUUCCAUGGUUACUGAGAAUGGAGAAAAUUGGAGUAUGGGUCAAAGGCAGUUAGUCUGCCUUGGCCGCGUUCUACUGAAGAAAAGCAAGAUCUUGAUUCUAGAUGAAGCUACUGCAUCAGUUGAUGCAGCCACAGAUAAUAUUAUUCAGCAAACAGUUAAGCAACAUUUCUCAGGAUGCACAGUCAUUACCAUUGCUCAUAGGAUAACUUCAAUCCUUGAUAGUGACAUGGUUCUGUUCCUAAAUCAAGGGCUUAUUGAGGAAUAUGAUUCACCAAAGAAACUGCUUAAGAAUAAAUCUUCAUCUCUUGCUCAUUUAGUCGCAGAAUACACAAGGAGAUCAAACUCUGGUUUUGGAAAUUGAACUAGUAUUGAAUUGGAAUUAGUCAUGAAUCACAUAUGUUGUUUGUGAUGAUAUAAAUUCACUGGUCUUGGGCAUAGAUUUUGAUGCUUACACUUUAUUGUAGUCUUAUAGAGACUUGAAUGGGACUCACUGUUUGUCACGAAUAGUUGAUUUAACUUCAACGCUCAUUCGAAUAGGUAUAGCUUUAAAAUAAAUAUUAGAAAUUAAG